AUGUCAGCGCUAAUAGAUGGUGCGUUUCUGGAGUGCAGCAGUAAGAAGAUUCACAAUAUUUCUCCUAAUUCAAGGCUUACCCCGAUUAAAAUUACAUUAAAUCAGCCAGUCAUUUUACCGAAGACCUCACCGAGAGCUGUAAGAAGUAAUACGACGCAGUAUAAAACGUUCGUAAGCGAUAAAAAUGUUUGUGUACUCGAAGUACCAAAUCUUUACAGUAAUGCCAGCAAGCUAAGGCAACCGAUUAAGUACAGUAAAGCGCAUCAAUUGUUUUCGUCAGCGAGGAGGCCUGAAAAGUUUAAAGAAGAUCACAGGGCUUAUAUUUCAUAUGAAGCGUCCCUGUCGUUUAGAAAUGCUGCAACCCCAACAAGAGGGAUGCAGCCAGCGAAAAUUAAAAAAUCGCCAAAAUCGCACAGACGGACUACUUCAGUGGGCUUUACUCCAAAAUUUCAAAUGGAGGGAAAAAUGCUGAACGGAGGUAGCAUAAGCUAG